AUGUUCUUCCUCACGCUCCUGGCUCCCAUCUUCGCUCCUUAUAUCCUGGGAUGGCCUGCCCUCGCCACUCUCGUCACGCUGGCAGCCGAUCUCGGCAUCACCUUAGGUCUAGGGGUGGCGGCGGGUAACCCGGGCCUCCCGGAUUACCUGUCCCUGUCCCUGACCAUCACCCUGGUGGGAGCGUGGCUGGGCCUGACCCUGGCCACCGCCCUGUGGCGCAACCUGGAGUCCUCCUUCGACAGGAUGCCCUGGCUGCGCCACACCCAGGAGCUGCAGUCCCGGAAGGGGGGCAGGACAUACCAGACCAAGUGCCCCUUCACCGGGUUGCGGCCCACCGCCCGCUGCCCCAGCUGCAGCUGCCGUGUGCACGACAUCGCGCUGCAGCCCCCAGACCGGUGGGUGGAGUCGCUGCCCGUCUGCGACGUCCCCCUGCGCUGGGACCUGGCCAAGGAAGCCAUGGCAGGCGCCGAGAACCCCAUCCAGGCCCGCGAGUCGCUGGAUCGGGCGCUGGACUUCCGCGGCAACGUGCUGCUGGCGGGCGUGACCACCUGCUGCGUGGGCUGCGCGGCCUGGCAGAAGAACUGCCACCUCCGCCCCCGCCUGGCCCUGGGCAUGACCUCGGUGUCCGUCACCUUUGUCAUCCUACCCUGGGCCUUCUCAGGUUUCUCCGACACCAUCGGCGUCGCAGGCACGGCGCUGCAGGUGGCCACCGAGGCGCUGGCGGUGAGCUACUCCACCCUGGCCCUGCUGGUGCAGAUCCAGGCGGUGCUGAGGGCCAAUGCCUUCCUGGUGGAGUAUGCCGCCGCCGUGCCGGAGCUGCUCCCCCUGUUCCGGCCGCCCACCGCCGGGUUGCUGGCCCACCUGCAUGCCCUGUUUCUUCACACGCCGUGGGAGGGGUGA